UCAAGUUCGGCAGUUUUCUGAGGGGCACGAGAUACGGCGACCGCGUGCGCUCAGUUUUGACUGUUAAAAAUAACGACAAUCACUAAACCUUAAACGGUCAAACGCCUCACGUGUGACAGAUAUACAUAUCGGAUAUAUUUUAUUAAUAGCCACGUAGACGGGGUUUAAACACCUCACGAAUCGCUGUGUUUUUAAAAAAGAUCAACAUAUCAGAAGUCCCGCACUGGAAGAUGAGCAGCCCAGCUUUCUGAAGCAUCAGUCUGUAAGCAUCUGCGGCGAUGAGCUGGGCCGGAGACGACUGGACCGUGGGUCUGACGGGUCACGUCCUACAGAAGGUUCAGCAGCUUCAGGCUCAGAAUGAGAAACUGAACAAGGAAAAACAGCAGAGGCAACUGCAGCUGGACAACUCGGAAGCGGCUUUGCACAAACAGAAGCAGAAGCAUGAGGAGGUGCGUGUGGAGCUGGCCGCGGUUCAGAGGGAGCUGGGAGGACUGCGUGAGGCCGCGCAGGUGGAGGUGCGGGCCAGAGAGCGUCUGUCUCACGACCUGCAGGUCAAAACAGGUCAGGUGCACUCGCUGGAGGGACAACUCGAAUCUGCCAAAAAGCUGACACAAAACCUCACGCAAGAGAUCAAACGGCUUGAGGCGGAGCUGGAAAAGCUGCAGAAGGGAAAUGGCUCUGGGGAAUCAGUGUUGUUUUCCACACCUUGUUGGAACAUGAGCUCUCCCUGGGACAACAACGGUGGUUUCAGAGCAGAGAGUGAAUCCAAAGCACAGCAUGCCAGACAGCAGCUGCAGUUUGGAGACGUCCCCAAGCCCUCAGCGGGCGUGGCUUCCUCCCCGUUUCCACAGCAACCUCAUAAAUCCCCACCCAUUCGGCGACACGUCCGCCAAUCGGAGCCGUCCACCCCCUCCGCUGUGUUUCCAUGGGAACGUGAGGAUUUGUGGUCCACUCCCAAAGGACGACCAGCUUCCACAGUUUCAUCCAGUGAUGUCAUAAACAAGAACAGUGACUCAGGAAUGGAGGAAGCCUUGAGGAAUGAGAUCGAUGAGCUGCGUGGGCGUGUAUCAGAUCUACAGCGUGAGGCACAGCUGGAGUCUGAGCGCUUGAGGGACGUGGAGUCUCGCCUGGCUCAGGCUAACAAAGAGAUCAGCACCAAAGAACAGAGCCUGAUGCGCACACAAGACCAGCUGACCCGUGCACAGACCCGCAUCACACAAGAGACUGACCGGGCCCAAACUUCUGAGCAGAAGGUCAAGCACCUUCAAGAGGAGCUGAAGUGUCAAAGGCAGAAUGCUGAAACCAGCCGCUGCAAUGCAGAGCAGCGCAGGAAAGACAUGGAGCGAGAACAUCAGAGGGAGCUGUUGGAGCUGCAGAGAGAGAGACAGGCUCUGGAGAGACAACAUCAGCAGGAGAGCAACAGACUCAACCAGGAGAUCCAGCAGGCCAGAACACUUCACAACACGCUGCAGGCUCAGCACGACAAGGUGUGUUUGCAGAAGCAAAGUUUGGAGAGGGAUCUAGAGGAUGUGAGAGGAAAACUGAAGAAUACAGAGUCUGACCUGAAAGAGAGUCAGAAGAAAGAGGCGCAGACUGAGGCCAAACUCGCGGAGGCGCUGAGGGAUUGUGAGAGUCUCACUGUGUCUCUGGGGCAGAUGAAGAAACAGGAGAAAGCUCUACAGGAAGAAGUAAAGCGUUUGACCGAAGAGCUCGCUGAGGCCCUCCGGCUUAUUAAAGAACUGCAGGCUCAACUGGCUGCUCCUCCUCCAGCUGUGUCUGUUCCUCACUUCGGCUCUGCAGGAGACAGUUUCUCUCCCUCUGUUUCCCUCCAUCGUGACCGUUCUCCUCCCUAUAACCACUCCUCUCAGAGAAAGAGAGCCCCUAAAACAGGGCGAACAAGAGAAGAGGAGAGAAUGAAGUAUCCCUCCGGCAGAGAGCCAGGAGAGGGCAUCGACUCGGAGCACAUCGGAAAAUUUGAGUCUGAGGAAUCGCAGAAACUUAAAGGAAAAGCAAUUCGAACACAUCCAAGUGACUCCCUGAGACUGAGUGAGACUGAUGUAGACAUGACAAAACAAGACACGGGUAUUGAAGAUGUGGACACGGAUUCGUUCACGUCUGACUUAACCAGUGAAACGGAGCCAAAAAGUGAAUUGGACGUCUCGUCCAGCCUACAGGUAGAUGACACAUCAGGCAAAACAGAAAAACGUGAGACUGUUCCUCUGAAAGAUCUGAAGAAGGAGAACGCAGAGCUUCGCGAUGAACUUAGAGAUGUGAAAUACGAGCUUCAGAAGCGACUUGAAGACCUCGAAACGCAAAGAAGGGCAGAAACCGAGGCUAGGACAAAAUUGAAGCAGUUGAGUCGGAAACACUCGACACAGACAGAGCAGCAUCGCACCAAAGCUGUUGAGCUCAAAGACAGCUUGACAAAACUGGAAGCCCAGCUGGAGCAAGAGAAGAAAGAGAGCGCAAAACUGAGAGAAACUCUUGAUGCGCUCGAAAGACAAGCUGAAGAGAGAGACCAGGAAGAAGGUACCAAGCUGAAGAACAUCUUGGCUGAGAUGGAGCAAAAGGAGACUUCCAUGGAGGAAAAAAUGACAAGAAUGAAAAAGGACUUGCAAGACCUCCAGCUCAAGCUUGUGCAGGAACGGGAAGAAAGAGAGAGGGAGAGAGAAGAGGAAAGGAAGCGAAUCAUAAAAGAGGAAAAGGAGGGACUAACGAUUGCACAGCUUCAAGAAGAGCUGGACAGUCUUCGAAAAUCUAGGAGUUUGGAGAAGAUAUCAAAAGACAAUCUUCCCGUCACAUACUUACAACUAGAACACCAUCCAAACACUGAAAACAAAGACUUGCUUCCUUCUCCUCACAGUCAAGAGUCCACCUGUGACUCUGUGAAUCUUCAGAACACAAUAGUGUGCAAAGAAACCAGAACAAAUGAGUUGAUUAUGGAUCUUGGAGCAAAAACUAAACCAACAGAGGAUUACGUAGGGACAACUCAAACAUUGACCAACGACACCUCAGAUUUGGACAGCACUACUGUUUUAGUUUUAGAGGUCGAGCGCUUGAGGGCAGCGCAAGAACGAGAGUCAGAGAAGGCGAAACUAGCUCAAGGAAAGCUGGAGGACCUACAGAAGCAAGUGACCACUCAGACCAAGCAUCUUACCCAAGCUUUUGAAAGCCAGAGCAAGCACAUUGAGAACCUGUUGAAAGAACUGCAUGAUAAAGACUGCGCCCUCCAGAAGCAGAGUGAGGAACUGCAAAAAUGUCAAGAGAAGAUCUGUCUUCUUGAAGAAGAAAAACACACUAGGAUGAACAUCCCCCACAAUGAGGUCUCUACACCUCCUGAACUGUCUACAGAGAUUUCAAGAGAACUAAGCUGUGAUUCGGUCUUUAGCAACACAAGCAUAAGUGACCAUGAAAUGUUUAGUGAUGAUACACAACCGGUUCUGAAGGAAAACGUCUCACUGUCUACUGUACAGCUUCCUGUUUGUCAAAACUCUGACCAAACCAACACUAGUAAGAUAUCUGAUAAGCUACAAACGACUGAAUCUUCCAAGCCACAUGAAUUAUUUCUCACUUCAGAGGCUGAUGUUCCGAAUUCUAGUGCUGAUUCAGAAGCACAUAAACUUUUUGAGGUAAUUGAUGAGAACUCAAGUUCUCUCUUGCAAGAACAACACUUGGACGUUCCAAACCUCCUUCCAGAACCUUCCACAGGUGAUAACAAAGAGCUAGAACGAGUGACAAAGGAAUUACAAGAUGCUCAGCUUGAGCUGAAUGUGUUGAAAGCUCAGAAUUCAGAGCUUGUUCUACAGGGAGAUGUGAUAAAGGAAGAGCUUCUGACUGUUAAACGAGAGAAUGAAGAGUUGAAACUGAAACACUUGAGCGAAGACAAUUGUGCUAAACAAGAUGGUGCCUUACUUUUAGCGAACACUGAAAAUGAAGAAUUGUCAAGCACAGAGAAGGGGUUACAGAGUGACUCCUCAUUAGGACAGGAGGAGUUGUCUGUUCUUCAUGCAGACUUUAACGCAGAGGUUCAGUGUCUUCAGAAGCAGAUCCAGGCAUUGCAAGAGCAAAUCCAGCACCUCUCUGAGCAGAACAGGACACAAGCUGAAGAACUAGAACUCUGGAAGAUCUCAGAAGAAACAGUGGGCAGCAAAUCACCCUCUAUCGUGCUAAAAGAGUUUGAGCUGUACCUCCCCUGCAGUCCUGGAAAGCUGCACACGCAGUCCCGAAUGACAAGAACCGAGACGCACCAGUGCGUCAGAGAUGUGACGUAUCGGUCCGGAUUAGAUGACACAAAUGACCAGACCAACUUGAGGGAGAAUGUGUCACCUGAAACUCAAAAGACACAUGAUAUCAGAGAAUCUCAAGGACCUGUUGAGGCUCUUAUGACUGAAAACGAGAAUGUAAUGACUAAAGAACAUGCUCAACACGAAUAUGAAGGCAGCUCUGUUAUCGACGAAAGCAACAAAAGUCCUCCCUUCUGUGUCUCAAAUACCAUAAGUACUAACACUAAAGACAAGCUAUCAUCUCUACAGACCAAACGGACAGAUUACAGUAAUUCAGAUUCUCAGCCGAUUGCCUCAGUGUCUCCCGAGGAUCAGACCAAAGCAGCAAAUGCCAGCGUGAACAGCCAGGAAGAUGCCUUAAGCAGCGUUUCCAUCUCAACCAAAUAUCAGAGCGAGGUAAUCAACUCAAAUCCAAUCACAGAGUCCCAUGGGACGGCAGACUCCCAGAAUUCUGAUGUGUUAUGCACCGGGCAUAAUGAGAUUGAAACUAUGGAAACUGUUGAUUUGGACAAACACGGCCAUUGUCAUGGAGAAACAACAGAUGAACAGAACAAACAUGUGGAAAAACCAAUCAAGACUGAAUCUUCUCCGUGUCAAACGGUAGAGGUCAGCAAGGUCAGAACAGAGGUGAAAAGUGUAUCCACUCAGACAGAGGAGAGCCAAGAGCUGAUUUUGGGGGAAAGACCGCCACCCAUCCAUGCCUACAGCCAAACAGAUGGAGAACAGCCGGAGACGGUGAAAGAUAAAGAGCCUGCAGACUCGCCACCCCUCUCUACAACCCCACAGACUGUUACAAACCAACUGCUGUUAUCCAGCGUGUUCCCCAUGAAUGAUCCAGCUCACCUCGCUGAACGUAUCCGGCAGAACCGCAGCCGCAUGUCUGCCGCUUAUGACGAGACCGAAUACGAACCGUAUGGCCUGCCAGAGGUCGUCAUGAAAGGAUUUGCUGACAUUCCCAGUGGGCCAGCUUGUCCAUAUGUCCUGCGUAGGGGGCUUUUGGGAACUGAUGCAAUGCCCCUCCCACGCAGAGAAGCCACGCCCCAAGAAGAUGAUGAUGACAUCGAGCCAUAGUACUCACACACACCUGAUACCUCUCGUAGGUAUUCACUGUGCAUGCUUUGCAACACAUUUGUGAUGCGUUAAGAGAAGCAUUUGAAGUCACUUCCACUGGUUAAUAUAACUCACAUUUCAGAGCAUCUGUCUGUGCUCUCAGGUUUCCAUGCUGAAGGAAUUUCACUGCCUCUUUAAUCAUAAUGUACACGUCAACAGUGUCUUCUGCUCAUAAUGACAUUCGAGAGUAUCUAAGCACAGCCUGCGCCACGUGAUGAAGAAUUUAACGACGUUGAGGUUUUGUGAUCUCAAAAUGCCUUAUUGUGCAUUGUAUAGUUUUGAGUGUUGGAGCUUUUUAUAAAUUAGCUUCGAAAUAUCAAUGUAAUAUAUUUUUGUUUGCAUAGAGGUGGUGUUAGCCCCUGUUUUAUGAGACUUGAAUUUUGUGAAUAGCCUUAUUUAUUGAUAGACACGUCUUGAAGACUUGCCUUGUGCACUACUGUGAGAGAGAGAGAGUGAGUGUGCGUGUGUGUGCAUGUGUGUGUGUGUGGUAUGACUCAGAUCAACCUGAGCCUGUUUCCGAUCCUUGUAUGGCGAUUCACUGUCAGGCUGUUUCUUUCUCUCUCUGUCAUCUAACAGCUUUAUAAUGCACAGUGGAGUAUUUAUAUCAUUGUCCGUUUGUAAUGAAGCAUUUGAGAAGCUUGGACACGUUUUUGAUUAGAUUCUUCUAUUUAUCUGAUCCACUGUCAUCUGUGUAUUUGUGUGUACAUUUGUGUGAAUGUGUUUCUUCUAAAUGUCAAAUGGUUUGUAGGAUUUUCAGUUUGGAAUGUUUACAUUUAUUAAACGUGAAUGAAAUCCAAUCUUCCUUGUGGUGUUU